GGCUUUGUCCUUGUUGAAAUUUUGGUCUCUGUUUCUAGUUUGAUUUUGGGUCUUUGAUCCUCAAAAGGGCUUUGCAUUAUUUUGGGGUUUUUGGUGUAUAUAAUACUCGUGCAACUGUGCAAGUGUUAUAUUAGUGGGCUGUUUCUUAGCCGGGUUUCAUGGAUAUGCUACGCCCAUUUUGAGACAAAAGUGCUGUUAGUGCCAUUGGUAUUUAGAUCUGCAGUAUCAGUUCUCAGUGUUUUGACCUUUUAUAGGAAGAAGGAAUGGAGUUUGCUACUACCAAACCCCUUAAACCCUCCUCAAACAUAUCUGAUAUUGUCUCCAAGUUUGCCAAAGUUUGCAAGUUGAGAUCCAUUGGUGUGUUUACCUCUGAAAACCAAGAUCACCAUCACCAGCAUCCCAACAACCCCAACAACGUUAGUGUCCCUUUUGGUGAAGAUGGAAGUGAUGUGACCGAGGAUACAGAGCGUGAUGGCGUAAAAAUCCAUCCCCAGCCCAUGGAAGUUACGAGAACAAGCAGUAUGUGUGGGGAUGCCGAGUUAUCCAAGUUGUUUGACAUUGUGUCAGCUCUGAAAUUAGCUUAUAUCCAGCUUCAGGAAGCUCAUGUACCCUAUAACCCGAAAAAGAUUGUAGCUGCAGAUGAACAUUUUAUGGCUGAGCUUGAAUCUCUCUGCAAGAUUAAGCGUGUGUAUAAGGAGACGCAAUGUGUGAAGCCCAAGUCUGAUUCAUCUCAUUCCGCUAUCCUGAGGAAGAAGGUUGAACUGAAUGAGAAGCUGCUGGAAGAGUUGAAGUUUCAAACGGAAGUUAAGAACUCUGAUAUAAUCUGCCUGCAACAAGAGCUCAGAGAUUUGGACUUGGUGAAUGUGACACUGGCUGAGAAUGUAAGGCAGAUAAGUUUGCAAAGGAAGAAUGCUCGGGUUUUGAACAUUACUACAUUUCAGGAUGCUUACAGAGCUGCGUCAAAAUCCAUUCAUGAUUUUGCAAAGCCUUUAAUUAGCUUGAUGAAAGCUUCAGGCUGGGAUUUGGAUCUUGCGGCAAAGGCAGUGGAAGUGGAAGCUGCAUAUUCAAAAAGGUCCCACAAGAAGUACGCAUUUGAAGCCUACAUUGCAAGGAGAAUGUUUUAUGGGAUGUCAUUGAAAGCUUAUAAUGUGGAUGGUAUUAUGAGAUAUGAUGACCCAAUGGAUGCCCUGAUAGAGAACCCAGAUUCAGAUUUUGCCAGAUUCUGCGGAGAAAAGUAUCUACUAGUUGUUCAUCCAAUGAUGGAAUCAUGGUUUUUUGGGCAUCUGGAUCACAGGACACUUGUAUUGAGUGGCAAGCAUCCAAGGACUUCAUUCUAUCAAAUAUUUGUGAGAAUGGCAAUGUGGGUUUGGGUUUUACGUGGCAUUGCACCUUCGAUAGAUUCUGAAGCAAAAAUAUUUGCUGUCAAAAGAGGAAGCAAAUUCUCAGAUGCUUAUAUGGAAUCUGUGGAGGAAGAUGGCAAAGGUGCAGCUGUCUUGGAUGAAGGACAAGUCGAGUUUAUGGUCAUGCCUGGAUUUAGAAUUGGAGAGACAAUUGUGAGGUCUCGCGUGUAUGUUUCAAAACCAAAAAUGUAAUCGUCCCUUGGUAAUGUUUACAGUUCACUGACCAACUGGUAAUUCAGCUGAACCUAACUUUUGUUAUGAAAUGUUAAUAUAGUUAGUUCAACUUAGCCGAGAGCAAUUGUCGGAGUUUUCCAAACUACAGCUGGUAGAGUUAAAUCGAUUUAACUCUCAAAUCUGAGUUUGUAAUGUCCACUUUUCAAGUUUUGACAUAUCUAUAUGGAUGUGGUAGACUGCAAGAAUCUGGUUAAUCACUUUCUAAACUGUAAAUAGACAUCUAUAUGGAUAUUGUUCUU